AUGGGAGAAGCCCCCCUCUCCACCCUGGCACACAAGUCCCUUGCAGACUUUCCAAGGGAGUUUGCAUGUAUAUGGGAUACUCCAACCAUCUGCUUUCUUGAAACUACCUCCCUGAAGGGCUUUGAGAGACUCAUCUGUAACCAGAAGAAGGAGAAUGAGACCAAGAUGGUGCUGUGUGAGCUGGGCAACCCCAUGAAGAGGAAUGCCCGGAUAGGAAUCACAAUGUUGGUGAGUGUGGAGAACCUGGAAGAGGCUGGGGAACGUGUGUCCUUCUGGCUACAGAUCAGAAGCAAGAACAGCCAGAAUCCGAACAGCGAGGCUGUGCUGCUGGAUGUCCCAGUCCGGGCAGAGGCCCACGUGGAGCUGCGAGGGAACUCCUUUCCAGCCUCCCUGGUGGUGGUGGCCGAAGAAGACAACAGGGAGAACAGCUCCGACAUCUGGGGCCCCAAAGUGGAGCACACCUAUGAGCUCCACAACAAUGGCCCUGGCACUGUAAGUGGCCUCCGCCUCAGCCUCUGCCUCCCUGGCCAGUCCCAGCCUUCUGACCUGCUCUACAUCCUGGACAUACAGCCCCAGGGGGGGCUUCAGUGCUCCCCCCAGCCCACUCCUAACCCCUACAAGCUGAACUGGAGGCUGCUGACCCCCAGCCCCUCCCCCACCUCCCCCGGGCAUCACAAGCGGGAGCGCAGACAGGCGUCCCUGCCAGGGUCCAACCAGCCAGCCAGGCUUCAGGAUCCAGUUCUCCUGAGCUGCGCCUCGGGGCCGCACACGGUGGUGCAGUGUGAGCUGCAGGAGAUGGUGCGAGGCGAGCGGGCCAUGGUCAGGGUGCUGGCCUUCCUGCAGCAGCCUGGCCUCCAGCAGAGGCCACUGGAUCAGUUCGUGCUGCAGUCGCAAGCUUGGUUCAACGUCUCCUCCCUUCCCUACGCUGUGCCCGCCCUCAGCCUGCCUAGUGGGGAAACUCUGGUGCAGACGCACCUGCUUCGAGCCUUGGAGGAAAGGGACAUUCCCAUCUGGUGGGUGCUGGUAGGCGCGCUCGGCGGCCUGGUGUUGCUCACGCUCCUGGUCCUGGCCAUGUGGAAGGUCGGCUUCUUCAAGCGCAACCGGCCGCCACUAGAAGAAGAUGAGGAGGAGUGAGGGGGCAGCCCGCGCCCUGUCCUAGGAGGAAGGCUGGGGUCUGUGCCUGCUCUGCCCAAUCUUCAGCGUGUGCCCCCCCCCACUCUGCUCACCCACGGGUUGGAGCUGUCCCAUGGAGGCCUCCUGGUGUUCUCCCCCUCCGGUGAGAGCUGCCCAUUCCUUUCCCUGCUGCCCAAUAAAGAGGCUGAGCCCCAACCCCCAG